AUGUCGCAGCACGCACAGCCGGUGCCACCCCCGCCGCCCCCACCACCGGCCGGCGUCAUCGUGCCCGCGCCUGCAGCCGUGGCCUCGGCAUCCGCUGCCGCCGCCGCCCCCGCCGCCCCCCAGCACCAGCCCCCGGCGGGCGCCGGCCAGCCGUACGGUGCCUACGCGUGUGAGCCUUCUCCGCUCGCCGGACCGCAGCCCCCAGCAGUGCCGUCGCCCCCGCAGCUGCGCGCCAACCUCCGGGACUCGCCGCUCGAUCUCAGUACCGCCGCCGCCUCCAGCCGCAACAGACCGCAAGAAGCUGUCCAGGAGGUGAAGGUGGAACAUGGAAAAUGGAAAGAAGAGCGCGUACUGGGGCACUGUUCAGACAUUCUGAGAUCACAGCUGAAUGGGCACAGGGAUGUCGGGGCCGUGCCCACUCCAGAGGAAUAUAAGAUGGGAAGUUACGACAGCAACCCUGCCAUGACAGGAUCACCGCAGAAGUGGUACCAAAUGGCCAGCACCGCCGCUCAGUAUCCUCAGCACACCUUCCAACGAGCAGCAGCCACAGAGGCACCCGGCGCAGGCAGCCAGUGCUGGAGAAUGCCGCAUCUGACCGGUGGGUUUCCGUACAGGGCGAACGUGCAGUCGUACGUAAACCAUCAUUAUGCCCCCCUGGCCAUGACUCCCAAGAGUCGUCGGUUCUCCCCUCUGAAACCCAAGCCCAUUCGCGAAGGAUGCACGACCCCGAUCCACGUGCAGAUCCCGAGCUACCGCCACGGCCCGGUCCACGACACGGCGGCAUCCUCGUAUGGCGACCGCCGCAGCCCACUGCAGAAUCCAGAGCACGGCUCGGCAUUCACGAGGCACGUCCGUGUCGCCAGCCCACUCACCGGCGGAGAAGUCGGUGGGGGGAGCGCGAACAGCUGGGCGCGGGGGCGAGAUGGUGAAAUGAGGAACGUCGACAUGCUGAUGCAGAUGCUCCCCAGUAGCAGAGCCUCGCCACCACUGGCGUCACCGCUGCUGGGCCGCUACAGCCCCGACCACUCGCAAGGCCUCGCACCGCCGCACUCCGCACAGGCGCCGCCACAGCCCCAGUGGUCAUCGCCCAGCUGGAUGAUAGACGUGCCCGGGUCGUUUCAGUGUGCAACGCCACCACAGACGUCGUCAGUGGAGGCGGCUGGUGGCGCCCCGCCCAUUCCGAUGCCGCAGGUGCUGCAGUCACAGAGCAAGAACGUGCGCCCUUUCAAGAUCUUCAACUACGACGAGAUGCUCGGAGAGCCGGCCACACCCGAGAGCAGACAAGGCAGGCUGCCGUACGACAGCCGAGAGAACUACGAAAGAUUCCUCAACGAGCAACUCGCGCUGUUACCAUCGCCAUCACAGGGCAGAAGGCGGGCACCCAGCCCGCCACCCGAGGAGUACCAUCCAUCUCCAGACGAGACUCCUGAAAUGGCUGCUUACAGGGCACGCCGCCUGAGGAACAACCUGGCCGCCAAGAAGUAA